GCCCUGAAAUUGUAAAACGAAAAACAAAAUAACUAAGGUACUUAUUUGACCGUUGAAACCAGCUGUAUUCCCGACAACCUCAGAGAUCGUGUCAUCUUAUGGCACAUUUGGCUCUGUUCUAAAAACCUCCCCACCCCCAGACUAGUAAAUUUUCCCCUUGCAAGAAUACAAUGCUACACGCAUUAAUCCCACCCAGCUCAGGAAAUAGCAGCCCGUAACGGCUACCAACAAAGUGGUUUUCUUCACUCGAGGCACAAACUAUGGGACUGUAAAAAGCUCACUUCCAAUACAAACAAAAAAUUAUAUAUGUAUGUCUUCUAUGUAUGGGAUGGGAAGAUGAAAGAAAAGAGAAAAAAAGCAGGGGAGAAUAGGACAGAGUGAAGAUGAUUCUGUAGCCGUUGGAUCCAUCUGACACAGCCUUUUUGGUGAUUGAAUCUCUCUCUCUACCAUCUCUCCUUCUCUCUCCUAAAAUAAAUACCGUCUUCAUCACUCUGCCCAUACUCUUUCUUGAAACUCCCUGCAAGCUCUUUUGCUCUUUUCAUUUCAUCCUCCCACCAUUUCCUUCUCAUCCGAGGUUUCUUGCUUUUUGGGAGUAUUUAGGUUGCAAGACUCUGAGGAUAUGGCAUUGUUGUUGCUUUUUGUUUUGGUUUUGACACUCUCAGCAGCUGUUUCUGCUGAUGAAGAUGCAUUUAUUGGAGUUAACAUCGGAACGGACCUAUCAGACAUGCCACACCCGACUCAGGUGGUUGCACUUCUCAAAACCCAACAAAUCCGGCACAUCAGGUUGUACAAUGCCGACCGAGGGAUGCUUCUUGCACUUGCCAAUACAGGAAUCCGAGUUACCAUCUCGGUGCCCAACGAACAGCUUCUAGGCAUCGGUCAAUCCAAUUCGACUGCUGCUAAUUGGGUCUCACAAAACGUUGUGGCCCAUUAUCCCGCCACCAAUAUCACAACAAUUUGUGUUGGUUCGGAAGUUCUUACAUCUCUUCCUAACGUUGCACCCGUUCUAGUCAAUGCCCUCAAAUAUAUUCAUUCAGCCCUUGUGGCAUCCAAUCUCGACCGGCAAAUCAAAGUAUCCACUCCUCUUGCUUCGUCCAUUAUCCUCGACUCCUUUCCGCCAUCUCAAGCCUUCUUUAACCGGUCAUGGAAUCCAGUAUUAGUCCCUAUGCUCAAAUUCUUGCAGUCGACCGAUUCCUAUUUCAUGCUCAACAUAUACCCAUACUUUGAUUACAUGCAGUCAAACGGUGUGAUUCCAUUAGACUAUGCACUCUUCAAGCCUCUUGCCCCAAACAAAGAAGCUGUAGACGCAAACACACUUCUUCACUAUUCCAACGUCUUUGAUGCGAUGGUUGAUGCUGCAUACUUCGCCAUGGCUGAUCUUAACAUAACCAACAUUCCUGUUUUGGUGACUGAGUCGGGCUGGCCGUCGAAAGGCGACUCAAACGAACCAGAUGCCAGUUUAGACAAUGCCAAUACUUACAAUAGCAAUUUGAUAAGGCACGUGUUGAGCAAGACCGGAACUCCUAAACAUCCUGGUAUUGCUGUUAGUACUUACAUUUACGAGCUCUACAAUGAAGACAUGAAGCCAGGGCCUUUGUCGGAGAAGAACUGGGGGUUGUUUGACUCGAAUGGAGUUCCGGUUUACAUUUUGCACUUGACGGGCUCUGGAUCAGUGUUGGCGAAUGAUACAGCGAACCAAACUUAUUGUACGGCAAAAGAUGGUUCGGAUUCGAGAAUGUUGCAGGCUGCUUUGGACUGGGCAUGCGGACCAGGUAAGGUGGAUUGCUCGCCGUUGCUGCAGGGACAAGCAUGCUAUGAACCAGACACCGUGUUUGCGCAUGCAACAUACGCAUUCAAUACCUAUUACCAUCAGAUGGGGAAGACUCCUGAGAGUUGUGAUUUCAAAGGGGUGGCGACCAUCACUACCACGAAUCCAAGUCAUGGGUCAUGCAUAUUCCCUGGAAGCAGCGACAGGAACGGCAGCCUUCUGAACAGCACGAUUCCGGCAAUGGAUUCCAAAAGCUCAGGCUUUCCUGUGUAUGGCAGUGCAUUCUACACAGUGAACACUCUAAUCAUUGGAGUACUAGGAUGGAUCGCAGUUCUGUUGUAGCUCGUUAUAUCUGAAACUAGGUCGACGACCGCGGCAACCUGAAGAAGUUUUGGCCAAGUUCCUCUAGCAAGAGGAUGUCAGGGGCAGAAGUCAUGCAAGAUUUUGAAAGAGUAGCUUUGUACAGAGAACAAGUUUAGAGAGCAUGUAUUUGUUGCAAAUGGACGAGGGGUGGGUGGGAAUUGUUGUAUUGAUGAGGUUUCUGUCUGAACAAUUUGAAAUUCUUUCUAAUGAGUAAAUUUCAUU